CCCAGAAGUCACUCAUCUUGCUAUCACUGAAGACCUGUAGCGUCCCAUGUUCCGUUGGCCGGUUGUAGUUGUAUGCAGGUCACUGCAUGAAUAUGCACCGUGCCGUGAGAUUUGCGAUGGCCGGCUUAAGCAGGCAAGGACCUGUAUGGUCCAGCCUACAGCUACGCGCGGUUCGUCCACAACACGUCUUGCCCACCACGGCAACAGGCGUAGGAGACAUUUUCCCACGCAACUAAGCAACCAAUAUACGCCAACAAUUUCUCUUGUAUUUUUUCCAACAUCACUUCUUCAGCCACUUUUACGUUGACGGCUCCGCGGCCAGCCGAUGAGACCAACCGCCGCCAUGUCUGACGAGAAGCCGCUCCCUUUCGUUUACCAAUUCGCCGCCGGCGCUAUUGCCGGUGUGUCUGAGAUUCUUGUCAUGUACCCAUUGGAUGUCGUCAAGACCCGAGUCCAAUUGCAGACAGCCCCGGCUGGCAGCGCUGAUGCCUACAAUGGUAUGCUCGACUGCUUCCGAAAGAUUAUCAAGACCGAAGGCUUCUCCCGUCUCUACCGCGGUAUCAGCGCCCCGAUUCUCAUGGAAGCUCCCAAGCGUGCUACCAAGUUUGCUGCCAACGACGAAUGGGGCAAGAUCUACCGCAGCUGGUUCGGCGUUACCAAGAUGAACCAGUCCCUGUCCAUCCUUACUGGUGCCUCUGCUGGUGCCACGGAAUCCUUCGUUGUCGUGCCCUUUGAGCUCGUCAAGAUCCGUCUUCAGGAUAAGGCUUCCGCCGGCAAGUACAACGGCAUGGUCGACUGUGUCGUCAAGACUGUCAGAAACGAGGGUAUCCUGGCCAUGUACCAGGGUCUGGAGAGCACCAUGUGGCGCCACAUCCUGUGGAACGCCGGUUACUUUGGUUGCAUCUUCCAAGUGCGCCAAAUGCUUCCCAAGGCUGAGACUAAGCAAGGCCAGAUCACAAACGACAUCAUCUCCGGUAGCAUUGGUGGAACCGUCGGUACCAUCAUCAACACACCCAUGGAUGUCGUCAAGAGCCGUAUCCAAAACACUCCCCGUGUGCCUGGCCAGGUUCCCAAGUACAACUGGGCUUGGUCUUCUGUAGCCACCGUAUUGCGCGAAGAGGGUGCUGGAGCACUCUACAAGGGCUUCCUCCCUAAGGUUCUCCGACUCGGCCCCGGAGGUGGUAUUCUUCUCGUCGUCUACACCAACGUUAUGGAAAUGUUCCGCAGCUGGCAGAAAUAG